UGUGUAUAAUGGUUUCUAGCUUCCCUGAACAGCUGCAUAUCACGGGGGCUGUUCGAUGCUAAUGCAGAACGCCAUAGGAUAUUUUUGUGUUGGUUAAGGGCAGUCAGGUCUGGGGAGAACCAAGGGCUAUAUCUGUUCCUGGUUCUAAAUUUCUUGAAUGGGGCAUGUUUAUUUAAGAUGGUUAGGAAGGCAUUUUUUUAAAAUAUCCAGGCAUCCUCUACUGACGGGAUGAGAUCAAUAUCCUUCCAGGAUACCCCGGCCAGGUUGAUUAGAAAGGCCUGCUCGCUGAAGUGUUUCAGGGAGCGUUUUACAGUGAUGAGUGGAGGUCGUUUGACCGCUGACCCAUUACGGAUGCAGGCAAUGAGGCAGUGAUCGCUGAGAUCUUGGUUGAAGACAGCAGAGGUGUAUUUAGAGGGCAAUUGGUUAGGAUGAUAUCUAUGAGGGUGCCCGUGUUUAAGGCUUUGGGGAGGUACCUGGUAGGUUCAUUGAUAAUUUGUGUGAGAUUGAGGGCAUCAAGUUUAGAUUGUAGGAUGGCUGGGGUGUUAAGCAUGUUCCAGUUUAGGUCGCCUAGCAGCACGAGCUCUGAAGAUAGAUGGGGGGCAAUCAGUUCACAUAUGGUGUCCAGAGCACAGCUGGGGGCAGAGGGUGGUCUAUAGCAGACUGCAACGGUGAGAGACUUGUUUUUAGAGAGGUGGAUUUUUAAAAGUAGAAGUUCAAAUUGUUUAGGUACAGACCUGGAUAGUAGGACAGAACUCUGCAGGCUAUCUUUGCAGUAGAUUGCAACACCGCCCCCUUUGGCAGUUCUAUCUUGUCUGAAAAGGUUGUAUUGUAAUUCAAGAGCCUAAUGUUAAUGUGGAGACCUAUUAGGCUUAUUGGACAGGGGGGCAUUGUGUGCCAACAUACACAGGAGAGAUGAGGCCAGUGGGAAGGUAGGCCUGGCAGGUAAAUCAAGAAAGAAAAGUACAGAAAUUAAAGGAUCCAAACUUUUGUUUACUUGUGUCAUCUUCAUUUUAGCCAUAUUUCAUGUUAGAGAAGAUUGAUAAGAUAGUCUUCGGCCUAGCUGCGUUGAUCCACACAUUUUAGUUUGGUUUUUAUAUCCAACAAUGAAGAAUAUACAAAUAUUAUUUUUCCUUUGCAAUGCAUUGUACUGCCCCCCUUUACAACAGCGAUAUUGACGUGAAGAAUCAAUAGCAUACUUAUUACCAAGUUAUUACGGUGAAUAUUAAUUCUCAUACGGUCUCUUACCGCCCCGUAGCGGAAUUCUGGGCGAAUUUCGUGUGACGCACACCAAAGCUUUUUACCAUAGGUUUACGUAGGGCGUGAUUGCGCGACCCCUCCCCCUCUACAGUCUAUCUAUCUGGAAAAGAGAGAAAAAAAACUUUUUGUACCGAAGGAAUCAACAGCCGCCAUCUUGUCGUGGCUCGGAAUUAGGAUUUCGGUAGAUCACAAAUUUUUAUUUAGAAAUUGAGCAUCCAUUCCUAGGUUUGACGGCAAACUUCCCCUGAAAACGAAGUAUUUUCACCUUUUCUGAAGUAUUUUUGACGAAAAAACGGGAAUUCGAUCGGUCGUCGUCGGCAAGAAAACCCCGUAUAUCUGAUUUCCCCUUAAGUGCGGCGCUCGAGUCCCUAUCGCCGUUCGGAGCAGUAUAUUGUUUACCGGGAAUAACCGGAGAAGAAACAGCUUGUUACUGACAAUUUUGCAAAAAAUAUACAUUUUUUUGCAGUUGUGCAUUUUAUGGAGCUUCAAACCAUUUUUGCAUGAAGACAUUUGACGUCAUAAAAAUGAGCUGUUUGAACAUCUAAAAUUAAAGAUUUAUGGGACAGGAAUACAAUCCAUGUUAAUGUUUUUAGAUUUAAUUUUAACGUACAUUUUUCAUGGGAUUUUUUUUAUUGGGGUUAUUUAACGAUAAUGUGGGUGUUGGUUGCUGGAUUAUCAUGGGUUGAAUGGCGGUGGCGAAGCGGGGCGCUGUUGCAUCUUUUUUGAAAAUCUCACCCUCACUGCUUGAAAAUUAGCCAGUUAGCCAACGUUAGCGAGCAAACCGCUUGCUAACGUGCUAACUAGAGAAAGGUGGAGGUUGUCAGAACAACCUGUUCUGUCCCAGGAAUUUCGUUUUUUCAAAUAAUUAAAUAAGAAAUCCAUUAAAGAUCACAAUGGCUGAAAACCUGCUUGAAGUCGGACCUCCCAACUCAAAGCGACCGAAGCUGAAUUCACCUGCGCUGUCAGCGUCAGAUGGACCAGUGGAUCUAGGCUCCUUAUCAUGGGACGACCUGGAGAACGACCUGCCAGACGAGCUGAUCCCCAACGGAGGCUCUGGCCUGGGGGGUAUGACGGGGGGCGGAAUGCCCUCCAAUGGGGGUAACGUCAACCCUGGGGGUCCUGGACCUCUGGGCUCCAAGGUCCCGGACGCAGUGUCCAAGCACAAGCAGCUGUCAGAACUCCUCCGGGUGGGUAGUGCCUCUGGUCUCAUCGGGGGUGCUGGAGGAGGAACUCAGCCCGGUGGCAUUGGGGGUCAGUUGGGUGCAGCACACGGGAAGAGCUCCUUGGGUCAAGGGUCGCCGAAAGCGGGGACCGGACAGAACUUCAACCAGUCUCUUGGGGGCCAUGCCGGGAUAUUAGGUCAGGGUGGGCAGCACCAGCCGGGCCAGGUGAUAAACGGAGGCCUGGGGCUGGGUCCUGGAGGUGGACGAGGCCGGGGGCAGUACCAGGCCAUGCAGGCGGCACCAGGAGGAGGAGUGGGCAGCUCGCUGGCAGAAACCCUCACACAGCAGGGUGGGCCACAGGUGGGCGCUGCCACCUUGAACGUUGCCGCCGCCGCCCAGCAGGCGGGCAACAUGAACAAGUUGGGCCUGGGCAGUAACGGUGGCAGUCCAUUUGGUGGUCAGUAUGGCCAGGGGGGGCCAGGGCAGGGGGUGAACCCCCAGCAGCUUCAGAACAAGGCAGCACCCCUUACCACCGUCACCAGCGUGCCAAACCUGCAGCAGCCCGGGCAGCAAGUGCCCUCGGUGGGCAUGGUCCCUGUGCCCGGCAGUGUAUCCAUCUCUGGCCCCACGGCCGACCCGGAGAAGCGCAAACUGAUCCAACAGCAGCUGGUGCUCUUGCUCCACGCCCACAAGUGCCAGCGGCGCGAGCAAGCCAAUGGAGAGGUGCGGGCCUGCGCCCUGCCACACUGCCGCACCAUGAAGAAUGUCCUCAACCACAUGACCCACUGCCAGGCCGGCAAGUCCUGCCAGGUGGCUCACUGUGCGUCAUCCAGACAGAUCAUCUCACACUGGAAGAACUGUACGCGGCACGACUGUCCUGUCUGCCUGCCGCUAAAGAACGCCAGUGACAAGAAGAACCAGCAACCCUUGCUGAGUUCCCCCAACGCUGCCCUCCAGAACUCCCUGGCCUCUGUGGUCUCUGGCCCACCCAGCUCUCCCUCCCUCAACACCCCCACUCCCAUCGACCCCUCCUCCAUGCAGAGGGCCUAUGCCGCCCUGGGCCUGCCGUACAGCAACCAGACCCCCACCCCCGGUCAGACCCCCCAAGAGGGACAGAACGCUACCCAGGGGCAGCAUCCACAGCUGAUGAGACCCAUCAAUGCACUAGGUAACCAGAUGGCUCUAGGGGGCGGGGCGACGGGCGUGGCCUCGUCAGAUCAGACCAAUCUGCACUCGGACUCUCUCAACGCCAACAAUCAGCUGCUGUCCGAUGGGUCAGUUGUUGGCUCCAUGGGGGGUAGCCUGCCCACCGCCGCCCCCCUCUCAGCAUCGGGAGUCAGGAAGACCUGGCAUGAACACGUCACUCAGGACCUCCGCAACCACCUCGUCCACAAACUAGUACAAGCCAUUUUCCCCACCCCAGAUCCGGCAGCUCUAAAGGAUAGGCGGAUGGAGAACCUGGUGGCAUACGCUAGGAAGGUCGAGGGGGACAUGUACGAGUCUGCCAACAGCAGGGAUGAAUACUACCACUUUCUGGCAGAGAAGAUCUAUAAAAUCCAGAAGGAGCUGGAGGAGAAGAGGAGGUCUCGGCUCCAGAAACAGAUCAUCAACCAGGGGCCUCUGACGGCUGCAGGAGCCCAACAGCAGCCUGGAGGUCUCCCGCAGCCCAACACCCUGGGCCCUGGGCAGUCUGUUCGGCCACAGAAUGGACCUGUGUCUAUGCCCAAUGUGCCAAAUCAGAUCAUGAAUCGCAUGCAAAUUGUUCAAGGGCUCAAUCAGUUCAGCCCCAUGGCCCUGCCCAACAUCCAGAUGUCCCAGCAGCCUCUAGGCCCCCGUGCCGUCUCCCCCAUGAACCACCCCACACAGAUCAACAUGGGCUCCGUUCCCUCCAUGGGUCUGUCUCCCUCGCGGAUGCCACAGGCCCAGGGCAUGCUGGGAGCCCACGGCGGCGGCGGCAACAUGGUGGGACAGACGGCCAAUCAAAAUAGUCAAUUCCAUCCCCCUCAGACCACAUUUCCCCCCUCUGCCUCCAGCACCAUGAAUGCUAACAACCUGGGUCUAGGCCAGCCCCCAGCACAGGCUGCUGUCACACAGCAGCAGUCGCCGCAGCAGCAGAGUGCUAACCUCCCCAUGAGCACACUUGGUCCCCUGGGCCCCCAGCUCCCCUCCCAGCCCCCCCUGCGCGCCACUCCUCCACCCUCUUCCUCCACAGGGGGGCCCACAACUAACCUGCAGCCCCCCAAGCCAUCCAGCCGCAGCUCAACCCCCACCCUUUCCACCCCCGGUCCUGGUCCUUCCAACACCCCUCCCCGCCCAAACCUGACCCAGCCUCCUCAACCCCAGCCACAUACCCCCCUCCAGCCACAGACUCAGUCCCAACCCCAACCGGAGCUUCCUACAGUGCAGCCCCCGACCACGCCGCUUUCUCAGACAGGUGCCAGUCUGGAUAGCCGGGUGCCCACCCCAGCUUCUGCCGCCAGCGGCGACUUGCAUUCGCACUCCCAGCAUGCUUUGCCUGACCUGCCGGCCCAGGAGACCAAGGCCGAGCCGCGGCUUAGGGACCAGCGGGAGUUUGAGUCGGCCAGUGGCAAGACCGAGCCCAAGAUGGAGACUGAGGAGGACUCUGGUUCGAUGUCAGUGAGGGAGGAGCCAGAAGAGAAGCAGGUGCCAAUGGAGACUGAGGAAAAGAAGCUGGAGAUGAAGACUGAGCCCAAAGAGGAGGAGGGGGGAGGAGCCAACGGCUCAGUGUCCUCAUCCCCUUCUCAGUCACGGAGGAAAAUCUUUAAGCCAGAGGAGCUGCGCCAGGCUCUCAUGCCCACCCUAGAGUCUCUUUACAGACAGGACCCAGAGUCUCUACCCUUCAGACAGCCUGUAGACCCCAUGGUACUGGGCAUCCCAGACUACUUUGACAUCGUGAAGAACCCCAUCGACCUGUCCACCAUAAAGCGUAAGCUGGACACGGGUCAGUACCAGGAACCCUGGCAGUACGUGGAAGACAUCUGGGUCAUGUUCAACAACGCCUGGAUCUACAACCGCAAGACAUCCCGUGUCUACAAGUUCUGCUCCAAGCUGGCCGAGGUGUUUGAGCUGGAGAUAGACCCCGUUAUGAUGAGCCUUGGCUACUGCUGCGGCCGCAAGUAUGAGUUCUCUCCUCAAACUCUCUGCUGUUAUGGUAAGCAGUUGUGCACCAUACCCACCGGCGGCACCUACUACAGCUACCAGAACAGGUAUCAUUUCUGUGAGAAGUGCUUCAAUGAGAUCCAGGGGCACAAUGUGACGUUAGGGGACGACCCGGCACAACCACAGACAAUGAUAUGUAAAGACCAGUUUGAGAGGAAGAAGAACGAUACACUAGACCCUGAACCGUUUGUGGACUGUAAAGAUUGCGGACGGAAGAUGCAUCAGAUAUGUGUUCUUCACUAUGACGUCAUCUGGCCAUCCGGAUUCAUCUGUGACAACUGUUUGAAGAAGAGUGGGAAAACACGGAAAGACAACAAGUUUUCUGCAAAACGGUUGCAGACGACGCGGUUGGGCAUGUACAUCGAGGACCGGGUGAAUAAGUAUCUGAAGAGGCAGAACCACCCUGAGGCAGGGGAGGUGUACGUACGAGUGGUGGCCAGCUCUGACAAAACUACAGAGGUGAAACCUGGCAUGAAAUCCAGGUUUGUGGACACCGGUGAGAUGUCUGAAACCUUCCCCUACAGAACUAAAGCGCUUUUUGCCUUUGAGGAGAUCGACGGCGUGGAUGUGUGUUUCUUCGGGAUGCACGUUCAGGAGUACGGCUCGGACUGCUCCUUCCCCAACACCAGACGGGUUUACAUAUCUUACCUGGACAGUAUUCACUUCUUCAAACCUCGACUGCUAAGGACGGCCGUCUAUCAUGAGAUCCUUAUUGGCUACCUGGAGUAUGUAAAGAAACUUGGCUACUCUCAGGGUCACAUCUGGGCGUGCCCCCCCAGCGAGGGGGACGACUACAUCUUCCACUGCCACCCUGCUGACCAGAAGAUCCCCAAGCCCAAGAGGCUGCAGGAGUGGUACAGGAAGAUGCUGGAGAAGGCCUUCGCUGAGAGGAUCCUCCAUGACUUCAAGGACAUCUUCAAGCAGGCGACAGAGGACUGUCUGACGGGGGCCAACGAGAUGCCCUACUUUGAGGGGGACUUCUGGCCCAACGUGCUGGAGGAGAGCAUCAAGGAGCUGGAACAGGAGGCGGAAGAGAGGAAGAAGGAGGAGAACGUAGCCUGCUCCGACACACCUGAGGGCACGCCGGGGGACACGAAGAACGCCAAGAAGAAGAACAGCAAGAAGACCAAUAAGAACAAGGGCAGCGUGAGCCGAACCAAUAAGAAGAAGCCUGGCAUGCCGAUUGUAGCCAAUGACCUGUCCCAGAAGCUCUACGCCAGCCUCGACAAACACAAAGAGGUGUUCUUUGUGAUCCACCUGCACUCGGCCCAGAUGGCCAACAUGUUGCCCCCCAUCAUGGACCCUGACCCACUGCUGAACUGUGACCUGAUGGACGGUCGCGACGCCUUCCUCACCCUGGCCCGGGACAAGCACUGGGAGUUCAGCUCUCUCAGGAGGUGUAAGUGGAGCACCAUGUGCAUGUUGGUGGAGCUGCACAACCAGGGUCAGGACCGCUUCGUCUACACCUGCAACGAGUGCAAACACCACGUGGAGACACGCUGGCACUGCACCGUCUGUGAGGACUUUGACCUGUGUAUCAACUGCUACGCCGCCAAGGGCCACGAGCACCAGAUGGUCAAGUGGGGCCUGGGGCUAGACGACGACGGCAAUGGAGCGGGCAGCGCCGGCGAGGCCUCUAAGAGCCCCCAGGAGUCACGCCGUCUCAGCAUCCAGCGUUGCAUCCAGUCCCUGGUUCACGCCUGCCAGUGUCGCAACGCCAACUGCAGCCUGCCGUCCUGCCAGAAGAUGAAGCGCGUGGUGCAGCACACCAAAGGUUGCAAGAGGAAGACUAACGGUGGUUGCCCCGUGUGCAAGCAGCUCAUCGCUCUGUGCUGCUACCAUGCCAAGCACUGCCAGGAGAACAAGUGUCCUGUACCGUUCUGUCUGAACAUCAAGCACAAACUUAGGCAGCAGCAGCUCCAGCACCGCUUACAGCAGGCUCAGAUGAUGAGGAGAAGAAUGGCCACCAUGCAGGGAAGAGCAAUGCCUCAGAGCUUACCGUCCCCCCCUCAGGCCCCCACUACAGCCCCCAACACAACCCCCUCACACCCCCAGCCUAACACACCCCAAACCCCCCAACAACCGCUUUCAAACCAGCCGCAGACCCCAAACGCUGCAGGUAUGUCACCAGUGUUCUCUCCUCGCAAUGGUCAUCCCCUUACGCCAGCUUCCCAGGGCAAGGGGGGACCUCAAGCGUCUCCUUUACACCAGCAGCAGUCACCUCUCCCCACGCAACCUCCCCAACCCCAGCCUCAACCUUCUCAACAACAACCCCCUCUCGCUGCGGUCAAGAUGGCGCGGCACAUUGAGAUGGUGGCCCAGGCGCAGCAGCAGAACCAGCAGAACUACCGGGUCAACAUGAACGGCCUGCCACUGCAACAGAACCCCCAGCCUCACCCCCAGCAGCAGCAACGCAUGGCCGGACCCAUGCAGGUGGUUGGGGGUCAAAUGGUGGGACCCAGAGGUCCCCAGGGCAUGCAGCAGCCCAUGGCCCCAGGUCAGUGGCCCAGCGCUGGGGGAGCCAUAACGGGAGCUCAGCCUGGACAACCAGGAGUUGGAGUCCCUCCUCAGGUGGGUCAACCCCAGCAGGGGAUACCGAUGCAACAGAGACCCAUGUUGUCUCCUCAGCAACAGGUUCAGAGGAUGUUAGUCCCCCAGCCGGGGGGUCCCAGACCACAGACGCCAUCCCAGAGACCCGGGGCCAUCGCCCCCAAUGCCCUCCAGGACCUCCUGAUGACCCUUAAGUCCCCCAGCUCACCCCAGCAGCAGCAGCAGGUCCUCAACAUCCUGAAGUCCAACCCCCAGCUCAUGGCGGCAUUCAUCAAACAGAGAACAGCCAAGUACCACGCCAGUAACCCCCUGCAACAACAGCAGCCAGGGAUGUUGGGAGCCCAGACGGCGAUGCAGGCUGGGGCCGGGGGGGGCCAGAGGCCCGGGAUGCCCCCUCAGCAGCCUCAACAACCCACCGCCCAAGGGAUGGCUGCCUUAGGACCCCAGGGGCAACUCAUGAACCCUGGACACAACCCCCAACCCAACGCUGCCCAGAUACAGGAGCUCUACCGGAGGCAGCUCCUUCGACAGCAGCAACAACAACAACAGCAGCAGCAGCAACAACAACAGCAGCAGCAGCAGCAACAACAACAGCAGCAGCAGCAGCAACAACAACAGCAACAACAACAGCAGCAGCAGCAGCAGCAGCAGCAGGCCCAUCCAGGUCCGUUCGCUCCCCAGACCCAAGGCCAGACGGCCAGCUACUCUCAGCUCCGCAUGCAGCAGCUAGCCAUGCAUGCCCAGGGCCAGCUCCCUCCCAUGGCCCAGAUGGGUCAAUCUGGCCUGGGCAUGGACCCCACCUCCACCACCCAGAACCUCUUGCACCAGCGGAUGCUCCAGCAACAACAGCAGGGUAUCUCUAACCAACAGGCCAUCCUCAAGCAGCAGAUGGGCGGCUCCCCGGUCCUGCCUAGCCCCACCAUGAGUCCCCAGGCCCACCUGCUGGCCAGCCAGCCCCAGCCUGGAGCUCACCUCCCUGGCCAGUCCCCAAUGGCCAAUGCCCUCUCCAACCGGUCCCCUGCACCUGUACAAUCCCCGUGCCCGCCCUCGCAACAACCCCCACAUUCCAGCCCUUCGCCCCAGGUUCAGCCCUCAUCCCAUCCGGGGUCCCCCCACCCGGGCUUGGGGGGCCCAAUGCCUGGCUCCAUGGACCAGGGACACUUGGCGGAGCAGAGCGCUAUGCUAUCGCAGAUGAACACGCCUGCCAGAGGAGGGUUGAAGAAUGACUUGGGCACUGGAGGGGAUACGACAGGAGAUACGCUGGAGAAGUUUGUGGAGGGAUUGUAGCAUUAAACAGGAGACUUGGGAUGUGUCCCAAAUAGGUGACACCCUAUUUCCAACUAG